AUGGCCGCCCUCUCCUACGACCCCCUGCCGCGCCUCCGGGACGGGUUCGUGAUCCCCUUCAAGGCCCGCUCCUACGCCCAGCAGUUCGCCAACGUCUACUUCCUGCGCCUCGCCCGUCUGCGCGAGAAGCUCGACACGAUCUGCAGGCACACCUGGCCCGGCCAUGUGCCCUGCAGGGUCCUCGACAUCGACCCCUCCCGGCUCUCCGUGGUCAUCGGAACGGUGUACUGCGAGAUGAAGCUCAAGCCGAACCAUCAUCUGGGGCCUGCCCUCGCCCCCCGCAAGUGGCUGUCGCCCGACGAGGACUCGAUCAUGCUCGAGGAUGAAUCCGGGCGCGUCAGGCUCGUGGGCGUCGAUCUGCAGAAAUACAUGCUGGUCACCGGAAUCAUCAUUGGGGCGAGGGGCCGGGAGACGAGCAAGGGCGACUUCGAGGUCCACGAGAUCGUCUAUGCCGGCGUACCCGACCAGCCGCCCCCUCCUCGUCCGCAGAAGCAGGACCAGCCUCUCGUCGCACUCGUCUCCGGGCUCGACCUCGACAACAACAACUCCAGCCGGGCCAAGGCGCGCGCAGAGACGCUCGUCGACUGGCUCAACGGCCAUAUCGGCGGCGACGACGAACGCGCACUCGCGGCGAGCGUCGGCCGUCUGCUCAUCGCCGGCAACCUCACCCGGGCCUCCCCGGCCGCCGAGAAGCCGGCCGUGUCCCAGACCAAGGAAUCAGCCAAGCUCAAACGCGCGGCAUACGAGCCCGCAACAUGUGCCCCUCCAGCCACGGACCAUGCCGACCGGCUGCUCAGCCAGCUCGGACUGCCCAUCGACAUCAUGCCUGGCCCGGCCGACCCGACCAUCCAGAGCUUGCCCCAGCAGGCCCUCCAUCGCUGCCUGUUCCCCACCGCCACCGCCGCCAAAAAACCCGCCGAUCUGGUCAUGGGUCCGAACCCGUGGUGGGCCGAGAUCGGCGGCACGACGUUCUUGGGCACCUCCGGCCAAAACCUCGACGACAUAUACAAGUACGUGGCCGACGAAGACCGGCUGAAGCUGGCCACCCAGAUGCUGGAAUGGGGCCACAUCGCCCCCACCGCCCCGGACACCCUGCAUUGCUACCCGCUCCGGGACCAGGAUCCGUUCGUGCUGGGCCAGCUGCCGGACGUGUUCUUCGUCGGGAACCAGCCGGCGUUCGGGACCGCCCUGCGCGUCUUCGGGCCCCCCGAAAAGCCGUCGCGCACCCGCGUCGUCCUGCUCCCCCGCUUCUCCAAGACCGGCACCAUCGUCCUCGUCCACCCUACCACCCUCCACACCCAGGCCGUCCGCAUCCUCCCCGACUUCCCCCUCCUCGACCCGUCCCAUCCCGACGACAUCGACGACGACACCGCCCUCGCCCUCCUCCCGCCCGAAAAGAUCCGCUCGCCAGGGCACCUGGUAGGAAACAUUCGUGGCCUGUUGGCAGCCCCUGUUUCCACCGCCUCCAAAAUGUCGCCUCUUCAGCUCCCUGUUCACCUUCGUUCCUUGUGUCUUAUACUCUUGUGGUCGAACCUGGCAGUCUUGGCCACAUCUCCGGAAAACAUCCGACUGUAUAUCCCCGUCGAGAGUGAGUAUACGACCGAUGAUCUAUUCGCCGCCUCGUCGCCGAAUCAUGUUGCUGCAGGCGGCGUGGCUCCACCCGACGAAUUUAUGGGGGAAGAACCACGAGCAGAACUAGGUGGACCUCCGACAAGCGGGCUUCCAAUCGUACUCUCCGGGUUCUUUUCAGGUCCAUUCCUACAGGGUGUCCCCCUUCCAGCGGAUCCGGAUGUCUCGAUCAGCCCUUCAAGACAUCCAAUGCACCCAGCUACGUCUUACAUACUGACGCAUCCUUCGAGCACCACAACGCGCUUGCCAUCGGAUGAAACCGAAGCCGGGGCCUUACGUGGGACUCCACGACGUCGAAUCGCCAAGCAGGGCAAAGCCGAAAAAAAUCCGACACGGGCUAACACCAGAAUGUCAGAAUUGGACAGGGUGGCACAGCUCCUUCGAAGCCAUCCAUUCAGGCCGUCCCAUCGAAGUUAUUUGACAGAAUUGGGUGAAAUAUUGAUACCUUACCUCAGGAUCGCACGAUUAGCAUUCAAAGACAAACUGGCCCAGCUCACUGAUCCAAAACUCGAUUAUUAUGCGUUCAGUGGCUUAAAAAAAAUCGUUCACCCCAGUUUGCCAUACGGCAGGUAUAAACUUGCCUGCAGCGGGGAUAACCACGACUGCAAUGGGCUUCAACUACUAAGAGUCUUGAAACACGACUCCAAUCCACAGACAGAUCUGGUGUUGUGUUUGCAUUACAGGAACCUGAUCUUAUUCACGCACAAGCUUUAUGAAGAAAUCUUGGAAAACUUGAGAAUACCGAUAGUUGCCCAAGGACCAUUGAAGCGCCAUUCCCAAUUUGGAAAGCAGAUCUUUCCGACCAAACACUUCGACCAGCUCAAUUACAACUGCUCAUGUUCUUCUCCCAAGCCAAAGGCUCUCUUGAACAGCUACCGGAAACAGCUUCCUUUCUACUCUCAGAAUUCCGACGCGAAAUUCGAACGAAACCAGAUCGCUUGCCUUGGGACAACAUGUCCCCCGAAGACUCUGUCCACCUCUUUGGACCAGUUCAACGAAAUUUGA